CCUAGAUAUAUAAUCAAAUAAACGCAUAAUUCUUUGGACUCAGUUUAGGUCUUUUAUCCUAAUAUCCUCAUACUUCACCAUCGAUUAUCUAGUUUUCGUUGGAUGUGUUUCCCGCUGUUGCUUACAGGCUCUAGACAAGCUGGAUGCGGCCACGCACGUAAAAGAGGAACAGUAAAAUCAUACUCGUCAGGCCGUCGAUGUUUGAGGUUGGUGAGAUGCUUGCCUAGCACGUCAAAUGUCUCUCAGUCGUAUUGUUCCUAGUUGUCAGAUCGUUCAUGUCCCGCUUAUCGGAGAUUUCUAGGUUUCCGCGAUCCAACUUACUUUAUUUAUAUGGGAUCCAUUAGCUGUUACAACGCAGCCAAACCAAACCAGGGCUGACUGGACAAGCUCAGGGUCCUUGCAUACCCCUGUAUGUUCCUAUGUUACACAUUCUUUUCAGUGGUCUAGGACAAGAUUGUUUGAAGAAACUGACGCAUUUGCUGUGUCCAUAAUUGUUUGAAUUAUCCCCUAAAAACAUUUACCGAGACAUGCUGAGUCUCAAGUAUCUGGUGAUAAGUUAGAUCCUGGUUUUGACGCCAGACCCGGCAGAGUGCAGGACCUUCGACAGUGUCACCAGUACCUGAAGUCAAUAGUAGUACUUGCCUACCUUAGUAGUGGCCACCAGUCAAUUGUUUAUGUAUUGCUUUCUCUUCGUACUUAGAUGUGUAGUUGCGUUGGCCAUGCCUUGUUUGGUCUUUGUCAACCUCGGUGUCCUAGGCUGUUACCUUCUCAUACCUCACAAUCAAAGUAAAACUUGCACCAAAAUAUACCUAUUACUGGACGACAAUCGUCAUCACCUGUGGUUGAAGUCCCUAGGUCCCCUAUCAACCCACCUUGCCCCAGCCCAUCUGGGCUGUUAGCCCGCCCCAGAAUCGAAUCCCGCUGGUUUAGUAUAGAGGUACUGGUAAAGUACCAAAGGUUCCACGGUUUCUAAGUGUUGCCCCCUUGCCUCAAGGUACUCAAAGCGUGCUUCCACCCGAAUUCUUUGCCCUUCUGCAAUUGCCUCCCUCUCCUGGCCGUGCUAGCCCACGCAAUUUUUAGGCUUUGAAAAGAUACAGAUCAGAAUCAACUAGUGCCCGCCAUUUCACUAAAUACCUAGGUACUGUGUAAGUUUCAUAGCAAGAACAG